AAAUCACCAAAAUUCCAUAUCGGGCUCAGGCGCACGGUGGAUUCCAUCGAUCUUUCUAUCCCGCCAUCCGUUUCAUUAUUUUCCUUUCCUUUUCUUCCAUUUUCUUUUCCCCAUAUUACUUGAACACGGUAUAUACUUCGGGAGAGUAAUACACAAGAUCAAACACAAUGCCUCUCUCCAAGCGCGCAAAGAUCGUCCACGAGACCAAGACUGCGAAGAAGUCGCACAAGGAACAGACUCGACGACUGUACGCCAACGUCCAAGAAUGCGUCGAGAAAUAUGAUCACCUCUUCGUCUUCUCCGUCGACAACAUGCGCAAUACCUACCUGAAGGAUGUGCGAACGGAAUUUUCUGAUAGCCGUCUUUUCUUCGGCAAGACCAAAGUCAUGGCCGUCGCACUCGGCAACUCUCCCGAAACCGAAUGCGCUACGAACCUGCAUCUUCUGAACCCAUACUUCACCGGCGCCGUCGGUCUGCUAUUCACUUCCCGCGACCCUGAAUCCGUCAUUGCGCACUUCGACUCGUUCCGACCCCUCGAUUACGCCCGUGCGGGUACUGUCAGCACGAGAUCCUUCACGAUCCCCAAUGGCCCCGUGUACUCGCGUGCUGGUGAGAUUCCCGAAUCGCAAGAUGAGCCCCUCAGUCACACGGUGGAGCCUACGUUGCGGAAAUUGGGCGUUCCAACGCGGUUGGUGAAGGGCCGUGUUGUCUUGGAGAUGACCGAUGGAAAUGGCUAUCAGGUCUGCAAGGAGGGAGAGGUCCUCGACUCGAGACAGACGACUUUGUUGAAAAUGUUUGGUGUUGCGACUGCUGAGUUCCGUGUCGGAAUGAAGGCCUACUGGAGCCGGAAAACUGGCGAGGUCAAGGUUCUCGAAAAGAAGGAGGGUGAAAUGGAUGUCGAUGGACAGUAAAAUCGACGGGCUUGCUGGUCGAGGCUGGUAAAUAUUGAUUUUCUUCCUUUUUUUCCGUCUUCUGCAGCAUAUCUCUGGGAGUAAGGGACUGGCGUUUUCUUUGGUUUUAUACUAGAUGAGACAUAAAAAGUAUAUGUUCUCCAGACUCAAAAGAAAUGGAUACCGCUACUUCUACGUUUGCAGAUC